AGACAACCCUCAAUUUUUCAAUUGUCUAUAAAAUUAUCACCCAAAUAAGUCUAACUCUAGGUCAUAAAUGAUAACUAUUUAACGUGAUAAUUGAAAGUGACUUGACGUGAGUUAAGUAAUUAUCCAAGUAGAUAUGGAUAAUUUGUAUUUAUAUAAACAGUAUGUAGACGAUCUACGGAUAUACGCGAGAGAGAAUGGUAUUACGGAUGAGGAAACGAAAACAAUUUUCGAUAAGUGCUUCUUGGAGUUAGAGCAUAAAUAUGUUAAAAGAAUUCAUAUACUGCUGAAAGGCUUGAAAAUUCUGAUCCUAGGAUGUUUACUAGUAUUCAUUUGCUCAAUGGGAUUGUACAAUCAUCCAUCAACUCAUAGCAUUUUUUUGAGGAAUAUGCAAAAUUUUAUUUAUCCUGGCUUGACGGUGUUUCGACAACUUGCUGUACCUAUUAUCCAGAGAUAUCCAACUUUAACUGAAUUCUAUGAUGAAUCCUGUCUCUUAGAAAACCCCUUCUUCAAAGUAGCUGACAUGGAUUGUUGGCCAUGCACUACUGCUCAAUCAGUACCUGACAUGACCAGCUGGAACAUGACUAACACAUUUAAUAUUGCAAUGCCAUUUACGAGAGUUGAAAGUGACAAUAAAAUAAAUCUAAAUAGUAUUAUUAGUAUGUAUGAAAAAUACUCAGAUAUUUUUGAUGCCGAUGCCAAAAAAGUCACCUCAAAUAAUCCACAUUACAGAAUAAUAAAAAAUUUAAUUGAAAACCGACUUGAUGAGCAUCCGUCUCAAAGCUUGAAUACUCACAUAUCAUGGAAGUUGAAUCGAAUGAGACCAAAUCGACUUGUUAGAAAAUUAAUGCCAAAUCCAUUAGGUAUACCGAAAUGGUGGAGUCAGAGUACAGAAAGAUAUUUUUUCAUUGAUGAAGCCAAAGCUGAUGAAUAUGUUUUGCCAAAUCCUGAAUGCAGUAAUGUUAUUUUGAGGUCCACAAGUGGUUCAAGACUGAUUAAAAUUAUGCCUACUCCUGAAUGUCAAAGGAAUUGCAAAUCUUCUGUAAUAUUGUUAUCCUCACAUCACACACUGUGGUAUAAUUGGUGGUACUGGAGACCAACCAGCCUCCCAGUAAUCAACUCAACUGAUAUAUCAAUCAAUCACCUUACAUCAUUCUGUUGACGAGUAAAAAUAAUUUUUAGCAUAAUUUCUGUUAUCGAUUUCUGAAAAUAAAUCAAUAAAUAACUUAAGAUUACUAGA